CCUAAUCUUCUCCAUUUUUGAACCUCAAGUUCUCUCUGUAAUCUAUGGAACUUGUGAAUCUGGAGGAAGCUGCUGCGUUGGAGAAUAUUAAGCUUCAUCUUCUCGGCGAACUCUCUCCGUUGCCGAGGAAUUUGGCUUCUGAUGAUAGCCUUUGCGUCACGUCGUCGGAUCGUUCGGUGAGUUCCGAUGCUUCAACGACGUCUAACUGUCCUCUUACAAUCACUGAUUACUUCGAUCCGGAUGAUUUUUUCGAAUUUUCCUCUGAUUUAAUCCAAGAUGAGUCGUCGAUUUUAUCAAACGACGAUUUCUUCGGAGUCGAGAUGAAACCUAACGUCAUCGAUCUCACGAUGCCUAAAUCGGAGGAAUUUCUCGAAUUCGAGACGAAACCUAGUGUUUUUGAGGAUUUGAGUUUGAGUUCGAGUUCUAUGUACAGUAAUAGUUCAUUUGAAGUCGAAUCGAAGACGAAAUUGAUCGGUCGUGUGACGAAUUCGAAUAGGAAACCAUCGAAUUUGAAAAUCUCGCUUCCGAACAAGACUACGCAGUGGAUUAAUUUUGACGCGGCGGAGAAGAAGAAUCCGGUUGUGGUGCAGAGGAGUAAAGAUCUCGAGGCGGAGAAGAAAGUUCAUUACAGAGGCGUUCGACAGAGGCCUUGGGGAAAGUUCGCGGCCGAGAUUAGGGAUCCGAAUCGUCGUGGAUCUAGAGUCUGGCUUGGAACUUUUGAGACGGCUAUUGAAGCGGCGAGAGCGUACGAUCGUGCUGCCUUUAAACUUCGAGGUUCCAAGGCGAUUCUCAACUUUCCGCUGGAAGCUGCGAACUCUUACUACUCGGAGCCGAUCGUCGCCGGGAAGCGGCGGCGGGAGGAGGAAGUAGAAGAGGUAGUCGAGGCGGUGCCGGUGAAGAAAGAGAAAACGGAGGAGAUGAACUUCCCGGCCGCCGACGUCAGUUUCCUAAAGGAUAUGCCGCUAACGCCGUCGUCAUGGUCGAUGGUAUGGGACGGGGAGUCGAAGGGACUUCUAAAUAUUCCGCCGUUAUCGCCGUUAUCGCCGUUCGGUUUUCCACAACUUAUGGUUGUAUAACAUUUGGGGGAAAACACCAUUUUUUUUACAUUUUUUUCCCUUCCUUUUCAUUCUCUAAAUAAUUAAGAAAU